UAAUAAUAAUAAGAAGAAGAAUAACAAUAAUAAUAAUUCUAUUUCUAAUAUAUUUCAUUUUUAUCCGCUAGAUUUCUCAUUGUUACUGAUUUUGGUUUCUGUUUACAUUUUUCCUGCCCUGAAAUAAGCUCCGCCCCCAUCAGGAACAAGCUGUUCAGCACCACCUAUUCCAGCUCCAUGCCUUAAUUAAGACUCAACAAACAUACUCCAAUUACACAAUUACGUGGUUUUUUAUUUAAAAUACAGUUCAUUUUCAGGUCCAGUACUGGUGCUAUAGCUUUUGGUGUUAUCUAUAGACUAGAAAUAGCAAUAAACACAACAGGGUGUGAUGUUUUUAUAUGCGCUUCUCAUGAGGCUUCGUCGUAAUCAGCGUUAUCAACACACGUGGCCUAAAUCAUGACAGAUUUGUCUGUAAUAACAGUGAUGUAUUCUGAAUAUAUCUUGGCACGCUCCGUCCUGGGCUGACUGUGUGAUACCAUUUGUUUAUGACCUCAUCUUAUGACCGUGAUAUUCUUUGUGUCGACCUAGAAAUUCUUUCGAACGCAGACACUCUCUUCUUCUGUAAUUUAGAUAACCAUUUUCAUAAUAAACUCGCCAAAGCGCCACGUCUGUUUCUGCUGACGUCUUUUGUUUACCUAUAGAUAACACAAUAUAUUACAUCUUUCUUCUGUAUAAAUACUCCCUGCUCAGCUCAGUAAAUAUCGAAAUGUCUUGCUAUUCAAUCGCUGUCUCUGCAUGGUUCUUUGGUUCCUGCUAUCAGCAGAGCUUAACGGCUCUAACUGAAUCCGAAAAUUCUAACAAAACAGCAAAGCCCGAGGUGUUUUAUUGCUCUUAUACUACAGCAGUACGCCAGUUAGUAUGUUAGUUAUCAUGUUUAUGCCUCCACCACUAGUGGAAUUAUGUUAUCCGGUUGUCAGGUCCAUCUUUCUGUCUGUACUUCCAUCUGAGAUUCUCUUAAGCGCAAUAUCUCGAGAAUGAGUGUGUGAAUGUUUCUAUGGGAAAAUCCGAACCAGACAGGGUCAAAGUCACAGCAAGGUCAAUAAUAGAUUUUCUUCAGUAGCUUCCUUACUGUUUGUCACACAAAGAUGUUACACAUUCGUGCUCAGGUUUUUUUUUGGCUGAAUAAUUUGCCAUCUCUCCAUCUCCGUCCCGCCAUCUGAGUUGAUCUUUCGUGUAAUAUCGCAAGAAUGUCUGCUUGGAUGUUUGUAUAAUAUACAUGUAAAUAUGGCCGAGAUCACAAGAAGGCCAAAUUUUUUCUUUAAUAGCUUUCUUCCUGUUUAAAGUAUAUGUUAAGGCUAUUUUUGGCUUAAAAAGGAGUAGCCCUAACGGCAGCAGAGGCAUCCAUCAAGUUCUGCUUGUUCAUUUAUUGCUGAACAACGCAUUGUACUUUUUAAUUAUAUUUAAUCUUCUGGAAAGUCUCGAAAACUUAGUUUGUGUUGGUACUUAGAUUAUAGCAGCUAUAAAAACGUUGUCCCCUUUUACCAGCCUCUUGAUGACAAUUAGACAAAAAAAAAACAAAAAAAACGAGAAUGUGUGAAGUCUGUCCUGAAAACCUUCCUGUAGCUGAAAACUCAUAGACUUACAGUUUCAAAACGCUGACACUGGAGACUCCUUACAUAAAUGUUAACUAAAUAUCUCCUUACAGAGAAAUUAUUACAGAUCAGGUAAAGUCAGUUUAUUAUUAGGCUUCGAGCCGUACAGUACCAUCUCUCCAAAUUAGCUGUUACUAUAAAAACACACACCAAUCAGGCGUAACAUUAUGACCACCUGCCUAAUAUUGUGUCGGUCCUGCUUUUGCUGCCAAAACAGCCCUGAUCCGUCAUGCCCUGUGUAUUCUGACACCUUUCUAUCAGAACCAGCAUUAACUUCUUCAGCAAUUUGAGCAACAGUAGCUCGUCUGUUGGAUCGGAUCACACGGGCCAGCCUUCACUCCCCUCGUGCAUCAAUGAGCCUUGGCCUGUUCACCACUGUUCCUUCCUUGAACCACUUUUGAUAGAUACUGACCACUGCAGACCGGGAACACCCCACAAGAGCUGCAGUUUUGGAGAUGCUCUGAUCCACUCGUCUAGCCAUCACAAUUUGGCCCUUGUCAAACUCGCUCAAAUCCUUACUCUUGUCCAUUUUUCCUGCUUCUAACACAUCAACUUUGAGGACAAAAUGUUCACUUGCUGCCUAAUAUAUCCCACCCACUAACAGGUGCCAUGAUGAGGAGAUCAUCAGUGUUAUUCACGUCACCUGUCAGUGCUCAUAAUGUUAUGCCUGAUCGGUGUAUAUUGUAUUAGAGUGAGAGCAUUACUAUAAACCCGUGAUAUGAAUCAAAGCCAGCACUUUUGUCCAAGGUGAUGGACACAUUCUUCCGUUAUACUGUGUGCUGGCCAUGUUAACUUUAAAGCACCAAAUAUUAGUGCUUAACACAUGUGGAUGUUCCCGAUUUAAGCAAGGUUUUGUUAUUCAAACCCAUUGCAUUCUUUAUAUAAGGUUAAAAGAGCAAACAUGCUAAGCAUGUGUGAACAGUACAAUUAUAUAUGUCAGAGUUGUAAAGCUGGAAUAGCUCAGAUCAGAUAACAUCAGCUACUAAAGCUGGCACCUUCAAAUAGCUAAUGAUGCAGUUCCUACUGGGACAGUUCAUUGUAUUAAUAUUAAAUUAAUUCAGAUUAAAUUACAUUUAUUGAUGUUUGUUUAAAUGUUAACUAAGUAGGCUUGCCUUAACUCAUUUUUUAACUCAUAUACACCGAUCAGGCAUAACAUUAUGACCAUGCCUAAUAUAGUGUCGAGGCAUGGACUCCACCAGAUUCCUGAAGGUGUGCUGUGGUAUCUGGCACCAAGAUGUUAGCAGCAGAUCCUUUAAGUCCUGGAAGUUGUGAGGUGGGGCCUUACAGGACUUAAAGGAUACUUUUGAUAGAUACUGACCACUGUAGACCGGGAACACCCCACAAGAGCUGCAGUUUUGGAGAUGCUCUGAUCCAGUCGUCUAGCCAUCACAAUUUGGCCCUUGUCAAACUCGCUCAAAUCCUUACACUUGUCCAUUUUUCCUGCUUCUAACACAUCAGCUUUGAGGACAAAAUGUUCACUUGCUGCCUAAUAUAUCCCACCCACUAACAGGGGCCAUGAUGAGGAGAUAAUCCAUGUUAUUCACUUCACCUGUCAGUGGUCGAUUGGUGUAUGUUUUAAACUAGAAUCACUGGAACACUGUUCAUGGUCAGAUCAGCUGGACUCUGAUCUCCUGCUGUAAAUAAAUUUUGCCAAUUUUUAAUGAUUAACAUCAUAAACCCAUGAAAUGAAGCUGUCAGUUCAUGAAGUUGUUGUUGAUGUUAUAAUAUCACAGGUGCAAUGGAUACUAAUGCAGGAUGGAUUAAAACACACACACACACAGACCCAAAAUAAACCUCAGAGCAGGCAGAAGGUCAGGUAAUGUGCAAACACACAAAUGCAGCACUAUUCCAAAGAACAAAGUUUCAUAUUCAAACUAGAUCAGUCUGAUACAGAACGAUGCUGACUCAGCGACUCAGUAACCUGCAGAAGUCAGGCUUCCGUAAACACGGCCAGCUCAUCUGACGGCGUGUCAGUGGACUGAGGAUUGUGGAAAUUCUUGUACUCUGAUAUUUUAGAGGAAGAGAGCAGCGAUGCACGUCAGAGGUGUCAAGGACGGUGCCUACGCGCUUGGCAAGGCCGGUGGUAGUCGUACAGAUCCGUGACCACUCUCUGGCUCAUCAGGAUGGUCUGCCCAAGCUGCCAGUGCCGCCCCUCAGACAGACAUGUGAACGUUACCUGGCUGCACUCGAACCGCUCGUGUCUGAGGAGGAGCUGGAGCACACACGCCAGCUCAUGGCCGAGUUCUUGUCUUCUGGCGGCGUCGGGGAUAGACUGCAGAAAGGACUGGAGAGACGAGCACGCAAAACCGAGAACUGGCUCUCUGAUUGGUGGAUGCAGUCAGCCUACUUAGACUCUCGUAUGCCAGUCCCAGUGUACACCAGCCCUGGUGUGGUUUUGCCUCAGAUGCACUUCCAGGACCGCCAGGGACAGAUAAGGUUUGCUGCCAAACUGAUUGCCGGAGUCUUGGACUUCAAGCGAAUGAUUGACAAUGAAACACUACCUGUUGAGUAUUUGGGAGGAAAGCCGUUGUGUAUGGACCAGUAUUACAAGGUGCUGUCAUCAUGUCGAAUACCGGGACCGAAGAAAGACACGGUGGUGAACCACACCAUUGGGAAGACGCCACCAACUCACAUCACGGUGGUUCACAAUUUUCAGUUUUUUGUUCUGGACGUAUACAAUAGCGACGGCACGCCUCUGACGGUGGAUCAGCUCUACAUGCAGUUGGAGAAGAUCUGGAAUUCUUCUUUACAGACCAACAAAGAGCCUAUUGGUAUUCUCACCUCGAACCACCGCAACACCUGGGGCAAAGCCUACAACAACCUCAUCAAAGACAAAACGAAUAAAGAGUCAGUACGGGCGAUCCAGAAGAGCAUCUUCCUAGUGUGCCUGGACGCCCCGAUGCCACGUGUGUCAGAGGAGAUCUACUACAGUAAAGUGUCUGCGCAGAUGCUGCACGGAGGAGGAAGUCGCUGGAACAGUGGGAACCGCUGGUUUGAUAAAACACUACAGUUUAUAGUAGGCGAGGACGGAUCGUGCGGACUGACGUAUGAGCACGCUCCUGCCGAAGGACCUCCUAUUGUGUUCCUAGUGGACUAUGUGGUGGAGUAUAUGAAGAAAUCUGAGAUGGUGCGAACUCCUAUGAUUCCACUGCCCAUGCCACAGAAGCUGCGCUUUAACAUCACACCUGAAAUCAAAAAGGACAUUGAGAAAGCCAAACAGAACAUGAACAUAAUGGUGCUUGACCUGGAUGUGCGAGUGCUCAACUUCUCUCACUACGGGAGGAAAUACCUCAAGUCGAGUAAAAUGAGCCCAGACGCCUUCAUCCAAAUGGCCCUCCAGCUGGCAUAUUACAGGAUCUACAACGUUUGUUGCCCUACAUAUGAGAGCGCCUCCCUACGCAUGUUUAAACUGGGCAGAACAGAGGCCGUCCGCUCCACCUCCACCGAGUCGCUCAAAUUCGUACAAGCCAUGGAUGACGAGUCCAAACAGACUGCAGAGAAACUGGCCCUGCUGGAGAAAGCCAUCAACGUUCAUCGAAAUUACACACACAUGGCCAUUCAUGGACAGGCGAUAGACAGACAUCUGCUGGGGCUGAAGAUGCAAGGCAUUGAGGAUCUCACUUCUCUCCCAGAAAUCUUCAUGGAUACUUCCUAUGCUGUGGCUAUGCAUUUCAAUCUCUUCACCAGCCAAGUCGGAUCAAAGACGGACUGCUAUAUGUGCAUCGGGCCAAUGGUGCCGGAUGGUUAUGGCGUCUGUUACAACCCAAUGGACGACCACAUCAACUUUGCUGUGACGGCUUUCAACAGCUGUGAAGAAACUAAUGCUACCAAACUAACACGGUUCCUCGAAAACGCACUGCUGGACAUGAAGGCUCUUCUGGAGCAGAGGAUCGAGCCAAGCAAGUGACAAGACAAAUAGUGACAAACGUGAUAAGACAAAAAGUGACAUGCAAAGAGGACCAGAGUGGAAACUUGUAAGGCUGGGAAGAAGAAAAAGACGAAGUAUUUGCUCUACCUUCAUAUAUCCUCAGGCAGAACGAGAACAUGCCGGAGCUGACAGUUCUCUCACCCUUAUUUCUUUGAUCAACUUGCCAUGAAAUUAUUGUUUAUCUCACAACAUUUUAGUAAGGAUCUCUGAUGCUGGUGGAAAAACAAAAUGGCACCACCAUGUUGCAAGAUCCUUCUGUAAUUUUGCUAGCUGCUGUUUACGUAAUGUUGCUGUUUACUGGUGUCUGUCUGAAGGUUUGCUGUGUUCCAUAUCGAACCCUUGGCUCAGCUAUAGCAUGUAGCAAGGCUGCUUUAGGACAAGGAUGUGUGUAUCUAUAGCUACAUACAGUAUUUAUUAGGAUAAAUACAUUUUUGGACACAGUACAGCAGUAAGAUCUAUACCUUUUUCCUUUUUUUUAUGAACUUGUGAAAAUGAAAUGUAUAAAUGUGCAGAUUUCCUGUGAAACCAAAUGUCCAUCAUUAA